AGAAACACAUGUAGAGAGGUGGGGAAAAAAAAAAAAGAAAAAAAGAAAAAAAGAGAGAUGGGAGGGUGUUGUAGCAAAAAUGAGGUUGGUGAGGGGCUUCCUUGCAAAAAGGAAGAAGAUGGAGAAGAUGAUGAUGGUGAUGAGGGGGAGCUCUUUGAGGGAGAUGGCGACGGGAAUGGCGGUGGCGCACGUGUGGGGUUGAGGGGCACGUGUGAGUAUGCGUCCAUGUUCACACAACAAGGGUGGAAGGGGGUGAACCAAGAUGCAAUGACAAUAUGGGAGGUAAUUAAGGGAAAAAAAAAAGAAUUUUUUUUUUUAAAAAAGGGCAUUGGUGGAGACAAAAGCCAAAUCUUUUGUGGUGUGUUUGAUGGGCAUGGCCCCUUUGGCCACCAUGUUGCAUCCCUGGUUAGAGAUACUCUACCAUCAAAAUUAUAUGCACUACUGAGCUCUACACAUUCAAUAGAUCAAGUUCAUGAGUGUGAUCAUCUCAAUGAAAGUUCAUGGAAUUCGAUCUUUGUUCGAGCUUUCGAGGAUAUGGAUACGGAUUUGAAGAGCCACCCGUUCAUCGAUUGCAUAUGUAGCGGCACGACCGCAGUGUCGAUCUUCAAACAGAGGGAACACUUGAUAAUUGCAAAUCUAGGGGAUUCGCGUGCCGUUCUUUGCACGAGAGACGACCGAAACCUGCCGAUUCCGGUCCAACUCACCACUGAUCUCAAACCAAACCUUCCAAGUGAAGCCGAAAGGAUUAAGAGUUGCAGGGGAAGAGUGUUCGCUCUCGAGGAAGAACCCGAUGUUUACAGAAUAUGGUUGCCCGACGAAGACUCUCCGGGGCUGGCCAUGGCGAGAGCUUUCGGAGACUUCUGCUUGAAGGACUUCGGGCUCAUCUCUACUCCGCAAAUCACUUACAGGAAGUUAUCGGAAAGGGAUGAGUUUGUGGUUCUUGCAACUGAUGGUGUUUGGGAUGUUCUGUCGAACAAGGAGGUCGUAAAGAUCGUGUCGUCGGUCCCUAAACAAUCUGAUGCGGCAAGGCACUUGGUCCAGUGUGCGGUCCGUGCGUGGCGGCGCAAGCACCCUACGUCCAAGAUUGAUGAUUGUGCCGCCAUUUGCCUCUUCUUAAAGCUCAUCCCCUCGUCAAGCAGAGCGAAGAGCUUCGAGACCCCCCGAAGCAGCACAAAGUCCUGCGAGCUAUCCUUUUCCGAGAGUUUUAGGACGGCCAGAAGCGAGGAGACCAUCGGCCUGGAGGCAGCGGAGGAGGAGAUAUAUGAAGAGUGUAGGGAACACUGGAAUGCUCUCGAAGGCGUGACGAGGGCGAACUCGGUGCUGAGGCUCCCGCGGCUGGCGAGUGUGUUGAGCUGGCGCAAGAGAUCGACAAAUGCGGGGGAGAAUGAAGAUUGAUGUCUGCAUAAUACUUCGAAAGAAUAGAAGGGAAAAACUGAUGCCUACAUACAAUUUGUAUUUGACAUUGAAUAGUUCUUAUCGUUGGUGAUGUACUCAAUGGAAAUUUUACUCUCUUUUUUCUAUUUUGAAUGGAAAAUGGAAGUUACACUUAAA